AUGGACUUCGAAACUAUUGAAGUGUCUCACAGCUGUAGCGCAAUUACGUCAAGUAAUAUUGUGGUGAAGAAAGAUGACCUCGGGGCAUUUACCAUUCCAUGUACUAUAGGGUUUUACCAAUUCUCCAAGGCACUUUAUGAUCUAGGUGCGAGUAUAAAAUUGAUGCCCUAUGCCAUUUUCAAAUAUCUCGAUUUGGGUGAGCCCAAGACAAGAACAAUGCAGUUGCUCAUGGAAGAUCGAUCUAUCAAACGUCCUAUUGUCAUUCUCUAUGACAUCUUGGUAAAGAUUGUUAAAUUCAUAUUUAUAUUCAAUUUCUUUAUUCUUGACUAUGAGAUUGAUGUGGAGGUGCCUACUAUUCUUGGUAGGCCUUUCUUGGCUACCAAAAGAGCAUUGGUCGAUGUGGAGAGUGGUAAACUAAAAUUUUGCGUAAAUAGUGAGGAAGCCACUUUUAAUGUGUGCAAGUCGAUGAAGCAGCCUAAUGAUCUUUAUGUAAUCUCGUUGAUUGAUGUUAUUGAUGAAACAGUUGCAAGUGUCCAAGAAGUAUCUAGUGUUGGGGAAUCAUUAGCAGAUGUGCUAUUGAACUUUGACGGGGAUGAUAUUCUUGACUAUGAUGAAGUGGUAGCUGCACUUUUGGGAAUUGGGUCCUACCCAAAGCCAUCUAUAAAUGACCCGCCUAAGCUUGAACUCAAGGUACUUCCAUCUCACCUUAAAUAUGUUUUAUUGGGGACCAAUGAUACAUUACCCGUCAUCAUAGCUGCUGAUUUGCUUAAUGAGCAAGUAAAAGCUCUUGUGAGAGUGUUGAAGAAAUUUAUUAAUGCCAUCGGGUGGAUAAUUGCCGAUAUUGUAGGCAUUCCUCUUGGCGUGUGCACUCAUAAGAUAUAG